AAAAACCCUAGAGUUAAAAUAUUUUGUGCAAUCUUAGUAGAAUUUCCAUAAUAAUGAAAGGAAUUAAAAGAUUUUGGUCCUUAAAUGUUUAAUUUUGAUUACUAAACUAAUCUGAGAGGAGAAAAUAACAGUAAAUAAUUAAAUCGGUAUAUAGGGAAAUUUGGUCAAAUUGCCGUCUUGAAAAAAACACAAAUGUCAACAAAAACUAAACUGUCAAAUGUCAAAUUGUUGUGUCUGAAAAUGGCGGAUGAUUUGGAGGAUGAUCAAUGGCUAUAUGGCGAAACGCCGGAUUUAAAUAAUGCACCGGAAAGUCAAAUCAUUGAAAAUGAACCUUUACCUACCGAAGAAAAUGUACAAGAACCACCUCCAGCUGAGCAGGAAGUCCAAGAUGAGGGUCCUCCCGGUGUAGAUACCGAAGAAAAAGAAAAUGAAGAGCCAGGUCAAGAGUCAAUGGAGGAUGGGGAAGUUCAGCAAAAUGGAGAUGACAGUGAAAGAGAGGAUUUAGAUGAUGAUAGUGAUGACGACGUCAAUGUUGUUAUAGGGGAUAUAAAAACAACUGCACCUACAUACACAUCUUUAAACAUUAAAAGGGGUGGUUUGCUUACUUCUGUUGAUAAGAACAAGCAACUACAGCAACAGCAGCCUGGAAAAUUUGCAGUAGAAGAAUUUGAACAGAUUGGUACAAUAAAUGGGGUUGUAGGCUCUGAAUUUAAUUUAGAUUCUUUAGAAGAUAAACCUUGGAAGAAACCCGGUGCUGAUAUCACUGAUUAUUUUAAUUAUGGGUUUAAUGAGGAUACCUGGAGAGCUUACUGUGAAAGACAAAAUAGGAUGAGAUUAAAUGAAUCAGGAGCAGGUCUUGUUCCAAUGAAUGUAAUGACUGGGAUAACUAGAUGUCCUGUGCCUAUCAUGAAUGACAACAGCAAAUAUGGCAAUAAAUUCUUAGGAGGAAAUCCUCAAAGAAAUAAUAUGCAACCACCUAUAAAUAAAGUGGACCAGGCACCAAAAGUUAAUACUAUACAGGUAAUGACGGCUGAUCGAAGGGAGUAUAGCAGAAAACCAGGAUUUCCUGAUCUAUCAGUUCCCCCACCAGCUGCUUUUGAACAAUACCAACCGGAAUAUGGCUUUAAUCCAGAACCUGAGCCUUUCUAUGGAGGUGGUUAUGAACCUACUCAAGAUUCCCAAUGGGGUACCGAACCUCCACCAGGUUGGGCCCCUUCAGAAUUGAAGACAUUAACAGGUCCCCCACCAAUGGGACCGCCACCAAUGCAUAUGGGCCCUCCUCCUAUGAUGGGAAUGAGAUCUCCAAGCAGUAGACGUGAUACUAGUCCUCAUAAAGACAGAGAUCGAGAUAAGGAGUCUAGGAGUCGAUCUGAGAAGCCUAGAGAUAGAGAAAGAGAAAGAUCUCAUAGACGGGAAAGGUCUAGGAGCAGAUCUAGAAGACACAGAUCCAGAUCUCGCAGUCCAAGUCAUAGGUCUCACAGAAAAAAGAAGUCCAAAAGACAUGAUGAUAGUGAAUAAUAUCCAGAGUCGUCUGUUUAAUGAUAAGAUAAAUUGUUUUUGAUGUAGGGUUAAAUAAUGUCAUCAUGAUUUUUUUUUGUAUUUUCAUUGCAUACAUACAUUUUUUUCUCAAAUUGGAAUUUGAAGAGGUAUUAAACAUUACCUAAAUAAAUAAUUGUUUUAUUAAAAUAUUCCUUUUUUUUUAAUAAUGUGCAUGACUUUUUAU